CCAUGGACCUUGCACUCUCCUCUCGGGAGUGAUAUGGACGACCUUGUAUGGAGGGGGAAGGACAGCAUAGAGGAGGGAAGAGCUUGAAGAAGAAGAGUGAGGAGGCAGAAGAAGAUAACGAUGAGUCAGCUGACAACAGUUUGUUUCAACUCAACAGACGAUCCAACCUUGAGCUGCGAGCAGUACCUGCAAUCCUGGGGACGACGUAUGUCGUUCCACGUACUGGACACCACUGCACAGAUGAUGUCACUGCUGAGUCUAUAGACUUGCAGUUUGAGCUGCUUGAACAGGACACAAAGUUUCUGUUGCAUCUAGGAGAUAGCGAGAAAAGAGAGAAAGACGCAGAUGAGGCGGACGCGGCAAGGGCAAAGGCAAUCGCGAACCGUGAUAAGGACAAAGUCGAGCGCCGUGUGAGAGGAGGAGGUCGCAUGCAGCUGUCCCGGAGGAGGUCGCAUGCAGCUGUCCCACCGCAGAGGGAGAUCCAACGCCGUGCAGCUAACCAUUGCAAAGGCAGGAAAAGAGCUAGGGGUCGAAGAGCCUGGGGAGUGGAGCAGCAGAGAGGACUGCGGGAAGAUGAACAGGAAGGAGAGCAUCACGAUGAGGAAACAACUCCGCAGAAGCAAGCACUGACUUCAGAUGCUCAGCAUGAGGAAGGUGUGGAUGAUCAGCAGGUUGAGCAGCAGGCCGCACCAUCACUGCUAGAACUGAUGUCGAUGGAACAGGACACCGGGCCACUGCCACAACGCAGUGCCAGGCUUGCAGUUCGUGCCAGUUCUGUGGUACCUCCACGAACCAAGUAUCAGCAACAGCGACUCAGCAGGCGGACGACUCCAGCGGCAUCGAGUACAGCACUGACGAUACCGGUUACCACCGGAGUUCUUCCCGCAUGUCCGGUCCAAGGGGCCCUUGAACCGUUGGCUGACUACCUUGGGCGGCUACAGGUAUUCACGGAUGCCGUAGCUACCGCCGAGGCUCAGCAGGAGGCAGCAGAGGCAGAAAGUCAGCGGCUGGCCAAUGAGGCGGCAGCCCAAGCUCAGCAGACUGCUGAGGCUGACGCAGCGGCACGAGACAGACGGAAUGCCGCCAGCACGGAGUCCCUGAUUCAAAACGAGAAUCAGUGGACAACGCUACUCCAAGGCAUGUUCUUUGUGCCUACGGACGCGCAGGCGGAUCCGACACAGGCGGAGGCAGAGAGAAGUAACCUGGCUACCGUGAUGUUGAGCGUGAUGAGGGGAGUAAUGUGGAACAACAAACUGCUGCAGGCACACCUGCGCACGGAACGACAGCAAAGACAAAAGCACCAGCAAGACCUGGCCGCUUUAACAGCUGCCGUCCGCGACGCGGCAAUACAGCAGCAGCAACAGCAACAGCUGUUGAACUCCACUCGCGCACGCAUCAACAGCAUCGAGGCUAAGGCCUCAGCAGCGCCAGGCUGCACGACAGACGCAACGAAGCAGCUCAAUGAGCGCAUCCAUCACGUCGUCACCAUCAUUGGCGAACUAGGCAUGGAUGAACCAUCUAGCGGCUACCAAGAAAUGCACCAUCGCCGAACUCCAGACACACAUCACGUGGAAGGAGUUCGAGAAGCUAUGGUUCACUCGGUUCAUGGUCCGCAACGUCGUGAAGGCGGCCAUGAACGAGAUGUACACCUGCUCUCAAGGGAGUAUGCCAACUCGAGACUGGACAACCAAGUGGCAAAAUAUAGUGUGACCACGCCAGACUUCGAUUUGAGUUUUACUAACCAACGAUCCGAGUUCUUCUCGCGAUCGUGCGCAGGACUGCGAACCGCACUCGGCAACGAGUACGAUUACGCCUCAUUCCAGGCCAUCCUGGAUCAUGCGAACUUGGUCAUCCAAACGGAUGACAAGGCCGCAAACGAACGGCAGUCCCAACCGCAUUAUGUGGCUAAGCAGGGCUAUCAACGACCGGCACAUAACAAUGCCGUGAUUUUUGACGAAACAGUCGAUUUCCACGCUGCAGCAGCAUCCUCGAGUGAUGGAGGAAUUGUAGCAGCGUUCCCGCCGAAGCGUCCCAAGAGAGUUCGGAAGAACAAGGCGACACAAGAGACGGCAUCGACGGGAACUUGGCAGCAGCCAUGGACGACAUACAAGAUAACCAAGGAAAUCUAUGACCUUCGUCAACGGUACGCCGAAACCGACGCACCUUUGCUCUAUAUCCGCAUUCAAAUCGGAAACGCAACCUGUAAUGCCUUGAUUGAUUGCGGAGUGUCUCGCAACUUUAUGAGCCAAGCCUUUAUGGCCCGCGCAGGCCUUGGCCCGCGCAUCCGAAGGAAGACGCAACCCACGCAAGUUAUCUUCGCGGACGGCCGCACGGAAACGUCGAUUGACCGAUGCGUCGACGGCGUUCCGGUAUACUUUGCGCCACUUGCGUGCGAGCCGGUGUCUUUUGACAUCCUCGACACCAAGUUCGACAUGAUUCUAGGCAUGUCUUGGUUGCGUAGCGCCGAUCAUCCGGUGAACUUUCAUGAUCGAAACGUUCACAGCCCUGAUCGGAACGGAGUGUUAGUCCCAUGUACGGUCGCGACCCCUCACACUUCGAUUGCUUGUCACGUGGUUUCCGUUGCGAGAAUCCGCGACGCCAUAGCUCGGAAUGACGUCGAGGAGAUGGGCCUGGUAUUCUUGCAUGCUCUCCCCUCGCCGGACGAACCAGCCGCGUCACCGCCGGACCCACGCAUUUCUCACCUCUUGGACGAGUAUAGAGACGUCCUCGAGGCUCCCACCGGUACGGUUCCGGAUCGGCCCAUACGUCACGGGAUCACUCUCGAGGCUAGCGCCAUCCCUCCGCGUGGAUGCAUCUACCGCAUGAGCGAAGAGGAACUCGAGGUGCUCUGCGCACAACUCGAUGAUCUUCUCGACAAGGGCUGGAUUCGCCCUAGUUGYUYGCCWUACGGUGCMCCUGUUCUCUUCGUCCGGAAGAAGAACAAAGAYCUACGGUUAUGCAUCGAYWAUCGMAAACUUAACGCACAAACCGUAAAGAACGCCGGCCCUCUCCCUCGGAUUGAUGAUCUCCUUGAGCGGUUAGGCGGCGCAACGUACUUCUCGAAGUUGGACUUGAAGUCCGGUUACCACCACAUUGAAAUCCAGCCUCAAGAUCGGUACAAGACCGAAGUCAAGACGCGGUACGGGCAUUUUGAGUGGGUCGUCAUGCCAUUUGGCCUCACCAAUGCCCCCGCGACUUUCCAAGCAGCUAUGACGACUGAGUUUCGCGACUUGCUCGAUCGCAGCGCCCUCAUCUACCUCGACGACAUCUUGGUUUAUAGGAGGACGUUGGACGAGCACAUCGUACACCUUCGCGCUGUUUUGGAUCGUUUGCGACUAGCCAAGUACAAAGCGAAUCUCGACAAGUGCGAGUUCGCUAAGCAGGAGCUUGAGUACUUGGGUCAUUUUGUCACGACGAAAGGCAUUCGUCCCUUAGCGGACAAGAUCCAAGCCAUCGUGGAUUGGCCGGAACCCCGUUGCACGACGGAUGUACGCUCUUUCAUGGGUUUGGCUGGAUAUUAUCAGCGAUUCGUCGAGUCAUACUCGAAAGUGGCCGCUCCUUUGUCGAGACUUCAGUCCCCGAAGGUGCCCUUCGAGUUCGACGACGCAGCCCGUGGCGCGUUCACUACGUUGAAGGCAGCAAUGCAAGCCGCACCUGCCCUCCGUAUAUACGACCCCACCCUUCCCACCCAAGCGACUACGGACGCUUCGGGAUACGGUAUUGGUGCGGUGUUGGAACAAUGUCACGAGGACGGUUGGCAUCCGGUCGAGUAUUUCUCCCAAAAGGUGCCUCUCGUCAACACUCUUGACGACACUAGGAAGAAAGAGCUACUCACGUUCGUCACCGUUCUCAAAUGGUGGCGCCACUUUCUUCUCCGCCGUCGGCGUUUUAAAUGGAAUACGGACAACAAUCCGUUGACCUUUUACAAAACGCAGGAUACGGUCACUAGCACGAUCGGUCGAUGGAUGUAUUACAUCGACCAGUUCGACUUUGACCCGUGCCACAUUCCCGACCCCGCCAAUCUAGCUGCGGACGCCCUCUCACGACGACCCGAUUUUUGUGCCAUUGUGACCACGGCAUUCGACCUCGAUAACGAUCUGCAGCCGCAUUUCGUCAAAGGCUACAAGUCCGAUCCGACUUACUCUACGCUUUAUGGAGAGCUUUCAUCGGAUCACCCGUCGGCUAGCCACUAUCGGAUUUCCGACGGGUUCCUUCUCCUUCACACGAGAGGAAAGGACUUGUUAGUUGUGCCCCAAGAUCGCAUCUUACGGACUCCACCUGAGCUCGCACUACUCUUGCAUACCGGUUGGAUUACCAACCAGGGUGUUCCGGAAGACAUGGUGAGCAACCGAGAUACUCGCUUCAUGUCGGCCUUUUGGACUUCCCUUAUGGCUGAGUCCGGCACGACAAUGAAGCCGAGCUCGGAUCGACACCCGCAGACGGAUGGCCAGACGGAGCGAGCACACCAGACCGCUCAGAUGAUGUUGCGUACGCUCAUCCGUCCCGACCAGAAAGAUUGGGUUGACCGGAUUCCCGACAUUGAGUUCGCCUACAACACUUCAGUGCAUCCGGCGAUCUGCGUCACACCAUUCGAGCUACAUCAUGGUGGAGAGAAAGCACGGAUCUUCGCUGAUCUCCUUCUGCCACAGGCCGCCGACAUAGACGUCCCUUGCUCUCCCGCUUCCGUUCGGAAGUACCGGGACUUGCUGAUCAAAGUCCGCGUGAAUAUGCAAAAGGCUCAGAUCCGCAUGCAGCAGCAGGCUAACCGACGUCGACUUCCAUGUCCUUUCCGCGAGGGAGACCUUGUUUGGGUCCUCUCCGAGGAAUUUGCGCUCGAGCAGGACGUUUCGCGCAAACUCCUUCCGAAAUGGUUCGGACCAUGGGAAGUCACUUCUGCCGUUGGAGACAACCCCGCAGGUCCUUCCUUUGUGGUCAACAUUCCCCCGCACCUUCCAGUGCACCGGGUCUUCCACGCGUCAAAGCUGGCCAUCUACACGCCACCUUCCGCCGACGAGUUUCCCGGACGUCGAUCACAGGAUCCGCCUUCUAUGGACGGACAUCAGGAAGUUGACCGAGUCAUCACRCACCGCAAGUAUGGCAACAAGCCAAUGCAGUUCAAAGUCACAUUCAAGCAAUGUGCGCCUGAUGACACUCGGUGGAUCUCUAGUGCAGACUUCUGCACCCCUCAUCUUCGCCGACUAUGAGAAACGACGCCUUGCCAAGGAAG